AUGGUUGCCGCCGCCAACGAAGUUGACAACUUGGCCAGCAGGAUCGAUAUCAGCAGGUACAGCAGCUAUGACAAGCUCCUAAAGGUCACAGCCAGAGUCCUUGCUAUAUAUGAGAGACGGAAUUUGAGAGGAGCAACAAAGGUUCUCACAGCAGAAGACAUCGUGCAGGCAGAGCUUUUCUGGAUCAAAGAGUGCCAGAAGCCUCUGAUGACAACUUUGAAGGACGACAAGAAAACCUUCGACAAGCUUUAUGCCAAGCUAUGUCCCAAGGUGAGAGAUGAUGGUGUCAUGGUUGUUGGGGCUCGUGCCGAGAGGCAUGUGCACUUCAGCCACAAUCGACAAGAAGUCCCUCUUCUACCGUACCAUCACAAAUUCUCGAAGCUGUACGCAACCCACGUGCACAACAGAGCCCACCCUGGUGUACAGACCACCGUUUCGAAGAUCCGUUCCAGGUACUGGAUUGUCAACCUCUACAAGAUGGCAAAGAGUAUCCGACAUCACUGCGUGCCAUGUAGACGACACGAGAAAGACAUGGCUGGCCAACAAAUGGGGAAACUACCAUUGGAGCGACUGAAGCCUUCCCCACCGUGGACUUACGUAGGAGUGGAUCCUUUUGGGCCCUACACCAUUCGAGGAGAAGUGAACAAGAGGGCUAGGGGCAAGGCAUAUGGCGUCGUGUUUAACUGCUUUUCCACUAGAGCAGUCCAUGUAGAUGUUGCUGUAGAUUACAGCACAAGCGGCUUCCUACAAGUUCUUAGAAGGUUCGUAUCCCUAAGAGGCUACCCAGCAGAGAUGUACAGCGAUGGAGGCAGUCAACUCGCCGCAGCUUCCAGAGAACUCAAGCUAGCUGUGGAUGGAUGGGAUCAGAACCGCCUGCAGGAGUUUGGAAUUACAGAUGGCAUGACAUGGAAGUUCUCGAUGGCGGAUUCGCCGUGGCAAAACGGAGUCACCGAGACCCUCAUCAAAGGUAUAAAGAAGGCAAUCAAUCACGCCAUUGGGGACCAAAUCCUACCAUUUCACGAGCUGCAGACCGUUUUCUAA